AUGGGCACAAAACGCCAAAAGACCGCUCAUCACACAAUCAACUACGAAACGCUGACUUUUGAUGAAGUGCUCCGUAAUGUGCGGUCUUUGGAAGGUCCGCCAGGCGAGGGUCUAAUACACGCGUGGAUAGCUGAGGUUCCCGCGUCUGAAUCGGCAAAAGUCCUAAGUGCAAUACGAGAAGGUGUUGAUGAUACGGUUGAUCUUAAACAUCUCAAAAGAUUCGUGAAGACAGCAAAUGGAACCCUGCGUACACUGGUGUGUAGCGUGGAUCAUAUGAAGAGACCACAGCUUGAAGAACUACUGCGGUCGGUCACAAUCCUCAAUAUUACGGAGGAAUUGGUUCCGGGGAUAUAUCCUACAACUAAAGAGGUUUCCCUGGAACUUUCUGCAAAAUACUGGCCCAUCUCGUGGAAGGGUAACCCAUUGGUACAGGAACUCAAUGAAUUGAAGGUGGAUGUACCCGCAGUGAAGAAAAACCUGGAGUACAUCGCGAAAAUAGCGAAAGAGACCACAGGAAAACAGCUGCCUAUUGUGACUAUGAUGGUUGAUUCCAGAGACCCACAGAGACGGGUAGUGAGUGUGGAUUCUCGUGAAACCAACCAGUUGGCGCAUUCUGUUAUGCGUUGUAUUCAAGAGGUGGCUGAUCACGAGGUAGAGAGGCGAAAAUUAGGCGAAGAACGCGAUUACCUCUGUUUUGGAUACGAUGUCUAUACCACCCAUGAACCAUGUGCAAUGUGCUCCAUGGCACUAGUACAUUCGCGAGUUUCGAACCUGUACUAUGUCAAUCAAAGUCCUGUCACAGGUGCCAUUGACCCUCAAAGUGGAAGUGGCUAUUGCAUCCAUAGAGCACUCACAUUGAACUGGAAGUUUGAAGCCUGGCAUUGGCUAGAGGAACUGGAUGUGGACAAAAUAGCUCCGGAUGUCUUUGUGUGA